AAAUAUUUGGAGUAAUCCUCAACCGAGCAAUAGAGGAGUAAUGAUUUCUUCAUCCAUUUGGAGUAAUAAGCGAGCAAUGUAUGAAUUUUGUUUUGCCAAAAAAUUCCACGAAGUUGGAAAAAAAUUGAUGUCUCGCCUUAUGCUCCAAAUGGAUCAAUAAGGGAUGCAUCAAAGCAUUUUUGGCAUGUUUUUUUUUGUUUGAUGUAACUGUUGUUUAACUGUUGCUUUCGUCAUGUUCGAUUAUUUCUUUAUGGUUGUCCGUCCAUUUGCUCAGUUUUCUUGUGUCCGUCUGAAGUGAAACACGUGUUGUAAGUGUAAAUAAAGUGUAAUUAAAAAAAUUAAAAAAGUGUAAUUAAAAAAAUCAAUUGAACCAUGAAUUUUAAUGCGAACAUAUUCCAAACUCAAUCAGUUUUUACGGAUGAAACUGUACAAAGCACACCGAAUAAUGUCGCAGAAACAAACAAUGAAACAAAAAACACCAAUAAAAAAUUGGAGAACAAAAUUGAUCUCCUUCAAACUGAAGUCGAAGCUUUAAAGAAAAUUAUGUGUAAACAGACAAUUUUGUUAGAACAGAUCGUUAAACACAUACGCCCAACUAGCAAGGAUCUCAAAAUUUUUCCAAUAAAUUCACUAGAGGAAUUAAAUUCGGCAGAACAAUUAGUUAAUAACGAGCCUGAAUCAGAAGUGAUAUCAUAUAUGAAACUAAAAUUUGGCAAAGACAAAAUAGAAAAGGCGUUACAUGCAAUGAUUGGUGACAAUAUUUUGCUUCGGGUAAAUUGGGAUGGAGCUAAAAAUAAGACAGCCAUAAACAAAUAUCGGUUGUUUAACUUUUUUUAUUUCGAAUCACUCAGAGACACCUACGAAACUUAUCCUGAAUUUGAAAAAUCUUUUAAGUUGGCCUUUCGCAAAUGUAAGGCAACAUUUUACCGGCAAACCUACAGCCUAAAAUCUAAAUAAAUAAAGUAUUUAAUAUGUUUUUUUAAUUAUAAGAAAUUAUAGUACAAAAAUGAAUU